ACUUGAAUUUGUUUACAAUAUCAAAGUAAGCCGAGAUAUUUGAACGAAGACGAGAGCAGCACGUCACCUAUUUCCGUACUUAUUCAUGCUGUGAUUGUUGGAAUUAUCAUUAUUGGAGUCAUGACCUAUCCAUUACUUCGUACAUCACGUACGAUAGCACAACAACCCUAUUGGCGGACCGUAGACAGGUCACUAUCAGCCUUUAGAAACAAAAAACUGAUGGCAGCCAUAGGAUUUUAUGUGUUGACGGUAUUUAUCGUCACAUUUAUGAUUGCGCCCUUUUGUAAAUUGAUUAUUGGUGAAAAUCCAUUGAUGUGGACUCUAGACUUUUUGUACAUGUCACCAUCGCGUGUCUUUUUGUGCUUGUAUUGGUUACUGAUGGUUAUCACUACAGUGACAAUUUGGGCUAUUAUGCUUGAUUUUACAUCGAUGUUGGAACAACAAAAUGGUUACAGUACUGAAAAGAAGAUAUUGACUAGCUCAUUGAAUAAGAAAAGAAAACUGUUUCAUGUUUUGGCCGUUCUUUUGUUUGUGCCUGGUGUCAUAUUUGAGCCUGAAUUUCUUCAAUUGGCGUUUGGCGUUGCAAUUGCAUUAUUCAUCUUUUUGGAAUAUCUACGAUACUUUGCAGUGUGGCCGUGGGGAAAAAAUAUACAUGUGUUCCUCACCGAGUUUAUUGACAACCGAGAUCUUGGCCCUGUGAUUCUAAGCCAUAUAUAUUUACUUUUAGGAUGUGCUUCCCCUGUUUGGGUAGGAAGUUCCAACAUCUUGGCUUCUUUAUCGGGGAUACUGGCGCUUGGCUUUGGUGAUUCAGCAGCGUCAUUAGUUGGCAAAAAAAUGGGUCGCAAUUACUGGUUAGACACUAAAAAGACAAUUGAAGGAACAAUUGCGUUUAUAAUCACCGUGAUGGGCGGUGCAUUGUGGACUAUUUUUAUGACGGCCUUUUUCAAAGCGGAAAGUGCAAGUACAAUAGCUAGUAUAUGUACUCCACGCUCAUGUAUGAAAUACACACUGGUUAUUUUGCUGACAGGAUUAAUCGAGGCCCUUUCUAACCAAAAUGAUAAUAUCAUACUACCAUUGUACAUGUAUUCUCUUACUAUUUUGGCACAGCUUGAUACCUAAUAGUUCUAUAUAAAGCUAAGUUUUAUAAGGUGUCUGUAAGAUGCUUUAGUACAAUAAAAAUAACGAGUUCAAUUGAACAUUAGAUGAUGCAUUGAGUGUAUACACAGAAUCGAUCUCAAUUUCUUUUCGAUUGUAACUGAGAUAUUGGUUAUACAGUGGGUUAAAAUACCGUUCCAGUGUUUUUCAAAAAAUUGC